UUUUUGGCUCUCAAGCCGAUAUCUUACAAGCUAAUAAGCUCACCGUUGCUGUUCGCUUUAUUAAACAUGUUCCGCUUUUGCUUCUUGUUACUAAUAUGUUGCAGCUUCAUUGCUGCAUCAGAGGAGAUUCUCGACAGGCAAACGACGUACACUUGCGUUGGAACAUCACCCGUUAUUUUAACUAACCCUGAUGGAACCAAAACAUGUUCUACUUUCUUCGGAACCGCUUCCACGGGCUAUCCCAUUUAUAAGAACAUUCAUAUGACUACCGGCGUCGUUUCUUAUGUAGUCCAAACCGGAGUCAAUUCUAGUGGUCAGCCUAUAUAUAGUCCUAGCAACCAAUACGGACAACUGUUGAGCACGACCAGCACCACUCUAGCUCCCACGACCUGUGCAGGAACGAUCGUUCCCAAUAUCGACGGAACCAGGUCGUGUUCAGUUAAAAUCGGUGUAACAGCCAGCGGUUUACCCAUAUAUAAGGUUACCCACAUGACUACUGGCGCUGUUUCGUACAUGGUACAGACUGGUACAAGCUCAACCGGCCAACCCAUUUACAGCCCGAGUAAUCAGUCAGGACAGCUGUUGACACCUACGGCUUCCUGCUCCGGCACUUUGGUCACCAACAAUGAUGGGUCGAGAUCUUGCGUCGUUAGAACUGGAACAUGUUCAACUGGCUAUCCGAUUUAUCAGGUGACGAACGUUAACACGCAGGUGGUAACUUACGUCUCGCAAACUGGCGUGUCCUCCACUGGCCAAGCGGUUAUGACCGUUACGAACCAAUAUUGUCAGCCAUUGGCUGGUUAAAGUUGUCCAUGAAAAGCUGUUUCACGCCAAUCUGUCGAUUAAUACGGUGUGGCAAUGUUUGAAAUUUGAAAUCACAUAAAAAAUGAAAAAUACAAAAAUUUAAUGCAGAUUAA